AUGUCGACAGCGGUGGAGGCCACAGGCUUCAUCAUGUGCCUGGUCAGCUGGCUGGUCACGGGGGCCGCUUUGGGGAACGACUACUGGAAGAUCUCCACGGUGUCCGGCAGCGUGAUCAUCUCGCAGCGGCAGUUUGAGAACCUGUGGCACGCCUGCGCAGAGAACAGCGCGGGCAUCGCAGAGUGUCGCGACUUUGAGUCCCUGCUCGGACUGCCAGCUCACAUCCAGGCCUGUAGAGCUCUCAUGAUCAUCGCUCUCCUCAUGGGACUGGGCGCCAUGAUAGUGUCUCUGCUCGGGGUCAAGUGCAUCAAGAUCGGGUCGGCGACAGACCAGUCCAAGGCCAAGCUGGCGGUGACCGGCGGCAUCCUGAGCGUGCUCGGAGGUCUGUGCCCGCUGAUCGCCGCUUCCUGGUACGCCUACAGAGUGGUGCAGGACUUUCACGACCCGUUCUUCGGCGGAGUCCGGUUCGAGCUCGGUACAGGGCUCUACAUGGCCUGGGUAGGAGCUGCUCUGGCUGUGCUCGGUGGCGCCCUCCUGUGUUCAGCCUGUCAGAGAGCCUCUCCAAAGAAAGGAGGUUACAUGGGAAACCCGCCGAAGAAGGUGUACACAGCCACAGCCAAAUCAGACCCAAACUCAAGCCAAGCACGCCUGAAACUUCACCGAUCUUCACGAGGCUCCAGGAUGAGUCCCAAAAAUGUGGUCUUCAAGAAGGUGUGCAAGGACAAGGCGGUGACGGUGUACAUGGGGAAGAGAGACUUUGUGGACCAUGUGGACUCAGUGGACCCAGUGGAUGGGGUCAUCGUGGUGGACCCUGAGGCUCUGCAGGGGAGGAAAGUCUUCGUGACCCUGUCCUGUGUGUUUCGAUAUGGCCGUGACGACAUGGACGUGAUGGGACUGGCCUUCAGGAGGGAGCUGUAUCUGUCCACGCGGCAGGUCUACCCUCCUCUGCAGGACCCCGACAAGACCGUGCACACCAGGACCCAGGCCAAGCUGUUGCGCAAACUGGGGGACUCCGCCUACCCUUUCUUCUUCGAGUUCCCAGACAACCUGCCGUGCUCCGUGGCCAUGCAGCCGUCCCCCUCUGAUGUUGGGAAGCAAUGCGCGGUGGAGUUUGAGAUCAAAGCGUUCAGCGCCGAGCGGCAGGACGCCAAGAUCAAGAAGAGGAGUUCAGUGCGUCUGAUGCUGAGGAAGGUGCAGUACGCUCCGGAGAACCAGGGCCCGGCUCCCUCUGUGGAGGCCACCCGAGAGUUUGUCAUGUCUGAGCGCCCCCUGCAGGCCAAGGCCAGUCUGGACAAGGAGGUCUACUACCAUGGGGAGCCCAUCAAAGUCCAACUGCAGGUCACCAACAACUCAAGCAAGACCAUAAAGAACAUCAUCGUGUCUGUGGACCAGGUGGCCAACGUGGUCCUCUACUCCAACGACAGCUAUUCCAAGUCUGUGGACAUCGAGGAGCUGGGGGACUCGGUCUCGGCUGGGGCCUCUCUCCAGAAGACCUACACUCUGCUGCCCCUGCUGGCCAACAACAGGGAGCGCAGGGGAAUCGCUCUGGACGGCAAACUGAAGCACGAGGACACCAACCUGGCCUCCUCCAGCAUAGUGAGGCAGGGCGUUCUGAAGGAGGUGAUGGGCAUCAUGGUGUCUUACAAGGUUGUGGUGAAGCUCAUAGUUGGAGGAAUGAUGGGCUCCAGCGAAGUGGGACUCGAGAUUCCCUUCAGACUCAUGCACCCGAAACCAGAUGCAGUGAAGGAGAGUGAGCUGGAGGAGGAGCUGGUCUUUCAAGAGUUUAAGCGCUCCUACCUGAAAGGCAUGGUGGGAGACGAUGAAGACGAGGAGGGGAACGUGUCUGGCGGUGAUGACAUGGCACCCAAAGAGAAGUGA